CUAAAAAAAAAUAAUCUAUUAGAAAUAGUUUCUUUUUAUAAAAUAAUUUUAAAAGAAUUUAAAACUACCCAUGAUUAUAUUAUUAAAAAUCUGAAAAAAGAAUUUAUUAUAUUUAAUAUAAUUUUAUUUACUUCUCUUAUUUUAAUAGUAAAAAAAUCUGGAAAAAGAUUAUAUCUGUAUAUUAAUUAUCAGAAAUUUAAUAUUUUAAUUUAUAAGAAUCUUUAUUUUAUUUUUUUAAUUAAUAAAAUAAUAAACUGUCUCUAA